GAGUUCUCUAAUGUCAACAACAGAUGGAUGAACUUAGGUAAAGCUAAUCGACAAAGUACGUAUUAAUUAGGUUUAUUUUGUAAUUUAAUACGAUUAAAGUGUUGGAGAGAUGCCUUUAAAAAAUAUGUUAGUUGAAAUGUUUAAAUAUAUUUUUUUCUUAUUUUAUUCGUACAUGUGUCCAACAAAAUAAUUAGACCUAGUUCAUGUCAGUGUCAGUACCAUACUCAUUACUCAUUUACAUUUACAUCGUACCGUAUUUUAAAUUAUGUUUUAAUUGUUUUGAAGUAGCCUCUUAAGUCUAGACUAUAUAUAUUCUAAAUAUAACAUAUAAAUAUAUUAAUUAUUAUUAUUUUUAUCCAAUCAUUUAUAAAAUUUAGGCCAAUAUCCGGCCCGUUAGCGCUCACUGUACUGGUAUUGAAUUGAUCACAGAUUCAGUGAUUCAAUUAUUCUUAUAAUUUUAAUUAAAUAAUCAUAAUGUUUUGGCCUGCUAUAGCCUACUAUAGGCAAAUACUAUAUUGUUCCCCAAAAAUAUAAUUUAUUGCAACUGCAGUUAAGUUUACCUUUAGUUAGUGCCUUUAGCCUUAAUUUGAAUAGCUGAGAAUCUCACUGAGAAGAGAUACAGUUAGUUGACUGAGUUAGGGGUCGUCCAUUAAUUAUGUGAACAAAAUAGGGGGGCAGGGGGGGGGGGGGGGGGGGGGGGGAAGAUUAAUUGACAUCAACAAUCAUGUUUUCUCUAUUAAAAUUUUAAUCUUAAAAAUUGACUGGCUAUUACUACACAUUAUUUUAAAAAAUUUAAUGAGUGUAAAUUAAAAUAGUUAAUAUAAUUUUUAGGCUUUUAACAAAAUUUAUUUAUUGUGUAUCUGUCUGUGCACUGCUGAUGGCUGGUCAGAAUUUUAUCACACUUUGUUAGUGCAAGAGAAGUCAAACAUUGGCUUCUCUUCGUCUUUGCCUGUAGAUUCUGUUUGUUGAAAAUGACUAAGGGAGUAUGUUUACGAUCAUGUUGCAGGUAUAGGACAAGGUUCAAGUGUCAAAGGCAGUCAAGAUAAAUGAUAUUGAUAGAGUAGGACUACGAUAUUUUGAGAAUUAGGGGAAAGUAAAGUGAGUAACAAUAAUAUGUUAUGUUCGAAUAGCAUGUUCAACAGGACCGACAAUGCAUAACAAAUUACCACUUACUCCUAAACAAAAAAGGAUUUGUCUAAUGCAAGUAGCUGCCAGGAGACAGAGAGAGCUUAUGGCAAUUAUUGCUCACACUGACAAUGCUUCUAUUUUAAGUACUGAAUGGUUAGAUAAGAAUGAUGUUGACGUGUCUGGUAUAUCAGUAUGCCGAUAAUAUAGCUACUAUGCCCAUUGCGGAUUUGAUAAUGAGCAACCCACCAUUUUGCAACCACUGUCCACUGCAUUGAAAUUUAAGGAAGAGAUAAUUUUGUUAAAUGUCUGUUAUUGUAAAAUAUAAGCCUAUAUUAGUAUUAGCCUAUGUUGAUAAUUAUUUUAAUGUUUGGCUACUAUACCUACACCUACCUCUAAUUAUUAAAUAUUUAAAUAGUAAGCCUAGUUACUGGUGCAAACCAAUAAUAUAUAUGAUUCAAAACUGACAACGGUAACAUAUGAUUCUAUGGUAGUAUGCCAUACAAUAAUACAAUGACAAUGAUAACAGUAUACUUGAAAUUAAAACUUCUAUAAUUUCUUUACAUGUGGAUAUAAUAAAUUAUUUUUACUAAUGUAUUAACAAAAAUUAAUGUUUUUUUUCUCCCACAGUAUGUUUUGCAUGAUGAGAACUUGUAUUUAUUGAGCUGGAUAGCAGAAUAUUAUAUGAUGUGCAAAAUUAAAGCAAGCUUUUGCCAACUAUAUCAAGCAGAUUUUCUUUCUUAUGCAAGUUAUGAGGAAACAAUCAGGUUGAUGGACAACCAGAAUUAAAUUUACAAAAUUAUACCCAAAUGGCUUAUGGCCAAAACAUAAUUUAGUUUUAAGCAUACUGGUAUACAGUAAAUUUUGCUCCACUGCUAGAUAAUGGCAGCAUUGACUAAACAGGAAACUGAGCAACUAAAGGAGAAAGUUCACUCCGCAGCCAGAGAAGGAAUGGCAAUCAGUAUAUUUGCAUUGCUAUGGAACAUGGACAAGCCAAUUGUCAAAGAAAUUUUAGACCAUCAAUCAGAAUUUGAUGGACAAAAAACAACACCUCUUGUGAUUGCUGCCAAGUUGGGGGAGACUAAAGUUGUUCAGGUCCUACUCAGCAACUUUGAUGUGGACAUCGAACAAAGAUCAACUGUUCGAUUUGAUGGUUAUGUCAUUCAUGAAGCAACAGCCUUGUGGUGUGCGUCGGGUGCAGGGCACCUUGAUAUUGUGGAGCUCCUGAUAAAAAAUGGGGCCAAUGUUAACAAUGCCACUGCUACCAAUUCAACACCUUUGAGGGCUGCAUGCUUUGAUGGACGUUUGGAUAUCGUGAAAUACCUGAUAGAACAUGGGGCUGAUUUGACAAUACCUAAUAAAUAUGAUAACACAUGUUUGAUGAUUUCAUGCUACAAGGGCCACACAAAAGUUGUAAGGCAUUUACUGGAGAAAGGUGCCAACCCUGAUCUCAAAGCUCAUUGUGGGGCCACCUCUAUUCACUUUGCAGCAGAAUGUGGGCACCUUGAUGUUGUCAAAGAACUCAUCCAUUUUGGUGCGUCCAUGCUGGAGAAUGACCUGGGCAUGACACCUCUAAUGGUCGCAGCCGAGUGUGGUAAAGAAGACAUUGUUCACUACUUUCUGAAGCAGCCAGAAUGUUUAAGACUGAGUAGGAUUGAAGCCUUGGAGCUGCUUGGAUCCUCCUUUGCUAACGACAAGGAAACAUAUGAUUUGCAUAAAACAUAUGAAUACCUAAGAGAGGCUAUGGCUCUUCGCAUGGUGGACAACCGUAAUCGUAGUGCUUUUUCCGGUAAAUAUGAACAGGUUCCAAAGCCUAAUUUUCUACCAGUUUCUGCGUACGGUAAUCACGUGGAGUGUAAAACUAUGCAAGAAUUGGAUGCUAUUCGAGCAAAUCGUGAUGCCUUACACAUGGAGGCCCUAACAAUACGAGAAAGAAUCUUGGGAUCAAACAACCCAGAAAUUCCUCAUCCUGUAAUAUUUAGGGGGGCUGUGUUUGCAGAUAAUGGUCGAUUUGAUCGGUGCAUUGCUCUUUGGAUGCAUGCCAUGAUCCUCAGACAAACUAAUAGCAGGUCCAUCAACAAGGACUUACUCAGAUUCUCUCAGGUCUUCUCACAGAUGGUGACCCUCAAAGCUGAUCUUGAAUACUCGGAUGUGGAGCGUGUGCUGAAACAUGGCCUGCAGGAAAUUGAACAGUUCAUGAAAGCUUCCAACACUGAAUCAGUUUGCGAAUCUAAGUCAAGUGCAUCCGAGCUUUAUCAGUCCAACAUUUUGUCUAUGAUUUACUUGAUAACUAUUGCUUCCCGUGUGGUUCACAAUGAACAGGAGAGCAAAGAUUUACACCGGCUGGUUUAUUUAUUUCUCAAACUCAAACCCAGCCUGAAAAAUGGAUACUCUCCCCUGCAUAUUGUCCUUGACCCCGGCAUCUGUGUUGAUGAUUUUCAUGUCAACGCUAUUGUUGUGUUCCCAAGCCACACUCUGCUGUCUAUGUUUAUAAAUUGUGGUGCAGAUAUUGAUGCCCUGGACAGCUCUAGAAACUCUCCCCUGCACAUCAUCUCUAAUGCCAGACUAAAUGAAUCUCAAGAAAACCUGCGACAAGAAAUGAUAAAGGAUCUCCUCAUUCGAGGUGCCCACUGUGAUAUUGCAAACAGCAAGUCCCAGACACCUUUCAGUUUGGCUUCGGGCCAGACUAUGAACACCUUAAGCUACCACAGCAACGUCACGCUCCGGUGCCUGGCGUCCCGGUGCAUCAGGGGGUACAGAAUUCCAUACAAAAAUUGCAUUCCACAAUGUUUGGAAGCCUUUGUUGACCUGCACUGAGUGGCGUUUUUUGUGUGGCAGACGUCAACAUCGGCUGUAGCCGAGGUCCUUUGUACUGUCAAAAUGAAAGCUUUUAAAAAUAACAUUUGAAAUUUUUGUCCAGGCUACUUUCAUGCAUGUUAGUACAAAAUUAGAAUAUUGCUUUGUGGGCCAUGGGACAAUAUAGGAUCUCAUUUUUGGGUUGUUUACUGUGAUGUUGCCUCCCUUGGGUUUUGCCUACAUUUGUGUAUAAAGCCCAAUUUUUGUAAAUUCACUAAAUUUACAUGAAUAAAUGUCUUUGAGGGUGUUGUCCUUAGUGUCAUGCAAAUUAUUUGCUUAAGGUUAUUUAUAUACAUCUUUUAUAAACAUUAAAAAAUUGUUGCAGUUACUUGUCAAUGUAAUUUUACACAAAUAUUGUGUUGAGGCCAUAUUUAUUAUUGACUGUUGUUACUUAGAUAAAAAUAAACAGCAUUAUAGUAAUAUUUUGUGUAAAUAACCCAACUAUCUUGAUUUAAUGUUAAAAAAUACACAAAGCUUGCAAAUUUAAAAUAUAUGUAAAUAUCUUAUAAUUUAUUGAAGCUUGCAUCACAUAUCAUAAAAAUGCUCAUAAUCUUGAUCUAAUCUGCCCUGCUCUUAAGGCACCAUGUUAACACUACAGAACUCCAAUUUUUUUUGGUUAUUUUCAUGUUACAUAUGUGAUAUUGAGCUAAUUACCUAGCAAACUAAGAUAAAUAAAAAUCUGAUUAUUAUAGCUUAUAUGCGCAUGAGUAUAUUAUUCAGUUGCCAAUGUGUUUUGAUUUGCAUUUUGUAUUUGCCGAUAAAGGGGAAGAUUUCCUGUAGUUUAUUUCAGCUCACCAAAUUUGCAACAGGGGCCAUUUAAAUAAUUUAUUUUUCAAGAACACAUUUUUUUCAUGUUCAGGUGGUCCCAACAUUUUUUUUUUCAGUCUUCAAGGCAAUUUUGGCAGUUAUGUUUUUUGUGGUAAGUAGGAGAAAGAUUAUUCAAAAUGUACAGUAUGAAUACAACAUGGCAUGCCAAAAGAAAUAGCAGGACAUGUAAAUAAAUAUAAUUCUGAAUGUAUAUAUUUUACAAUGUGUGCUUUGUUAGGUACUACUUUGAGUUGAGCACAGUCUUAACUUCUCCUACAAUGUAAGUUGUGGAAUUAUAUUUUAAAGAUGUUGACUGGAAUAUUCUGUUGAGAAGUCAAAUUAAUUCAGCUUUAAUCAAUACCUUCCAUUAAAUUUUUUGUUCAAC